AUGUGCCAUUACAGAACUGACCAAGGUACAGAGUUUGCAGGAGGUCGAACAGUGGAAAUUCUCCAGAGAUUGGGAGCUGAGUCUCAACUGGUCUGUCCAGACAAUCUUCAAUACAAUGGCGUUUCAGAACGAAUAAAUCGCACAUUGCAGGACAAAGUAUUGUAUUGCAAUACAGUUGCCUGGAAGACGAGAAAACAGAGUUACGUUGCAAUCUUAACCUGCGAGGUAGAAUACGUGGCGAUGUGUGAUGCAAGGCAGGAGCUGAUAGAAUUGGAACACUCAAUCAGCUUAAUACUGUUAUACAUUCUGUUGCCUGUGGACCUUUGGUGUGACAACAAAGCCACCGGAGCAAGUGCUGAUAAAGAUGGUGGCAAAAGACUGAGACACAUUCCAAGAUGA